AUGGAGGACUUGUACAAAGACUUGCUGCGCUUUGGGUGCCUCAAGGGCUUUAAGCACUUCUCUGUCUACCUGCGCGGUAGAGAGGAGCUGCUGAUCACGGUCAGAACGCCCCCAAAUGCGGACUGCGAGCCCGUAGCGCACUGUGAAAACGCCGUGGUGUCGCCCAGCAAGCGGUUGCAACGGGUCAGCAGCCUACGAACGGGGAAGUCGUUCCCGCCCGCGAGCCCCGCAAUUGCAGAAGCUGUCAAACCGGUAGCACCGGAGGAGACCGUGUUUCUUGUGGGGGCGUAUGCUCGGUAUAACUGGCCGUACGUUUGGCUCCGGUCGCAGAACCCGCGGAUAGCGGACGCCACGCUGGACAUGGACUUGCCGCUGGACCUGCAGUCGACGCGGGAAUGGGAGUCCCGCCGCCUGCGCGUCUGGGACAUCGUCGAGGAGUUGGUGCUCAUGAACAUCGGACAUGACCAGAGCAACCCCUUCGAGGUGGACCACGAAGCUCUCGCGAAAAUGAACCGGUUGCAGCGGUCGCUCUUGUCCGCCGCGCUCGCGUACUUCCUCCGGGAGCUGUUGCUAGACGGGGCCGCCUACUCGCAAGCCGUGCGACGAGACUUGCAGCUCUUGCUCGAGAGCCACUUCAACGACAUGGCGAAAGUCUUUCCUGGGUUCGGGGCAACGGAUUCGAAGCCCAUCGCCGCCCACUAG